GUCUGGACACGCUUUCAGAUAAUCGGUCAUUCCACUAAAGCUGCCAUUUCGUUCGACUACCAUCGAAACGGAUUUAGACCGCUUAUUAUACAGUCAUGGUCGUACUCGCAGCGUCCAUAUGCACCCGCGGGGGAAAAGCAGUUCUCUCGCGCCAGUUCCGUGAGAUUGCUCGCUCCAGAAUCGAAGCUCUGCUCGCAUCCUUCCCGAAACUGGCAGAUUCUGGCACCCAGCACACCACCGUUGAACAAGACAAUGUCCGUUUUGUGUACCAGCCCCUGGAUGAGCUAUACAUUGUCCUGAUUACCAACCGUCAAUCCAACAUUCUUCAAGACAUUGAUAGCCUCCACCUAUUUGCCCAAGUUACUACCAGCAUCUGCAAGAGCUUAGACGAGCGGGAAAUUCUGCGCAAUGCCUUCGAGCUACUCAGCGCAUAUGACGAGCUGGUGACACUGGGGUACAGGGAGAAUCUGUCGCUGUCGCAGAUCAAGACUUUCUUAGAAAUGGAGAGCCACGAGGAGAGAAUUCAAGAGAUCAUUGAACGGAACAAAGAACUCGAGGCGAGCGAGGAGCGCAAAAGAAAGGCGAAACAGUUGGAGAUGCAGCGAAAGGAGGCAGCUCGCACCGGUCGUGCUAUGGCUCCACGCACCCCGUCCUAUCCUGCCUACACUCCCCCAUCCCGACCUGCCGUACCCGAUACCUACGAUUCUUAUGAAGCAGAGAAGAAGAAAUCAUUUGCCAAGCCAUUGCCAACCAGAGGGAAGGGCAUGCAGCUCGGCAAGAAGUCAAAAACCACGGAUAUAUACGAGAAAGUCCGCGGCGAUCUGGGGCCUGAAGCUGAGGAGUCUAGCCCUCUAGUCACCCCGCAAGCUUCAACUCCUGUCAUCGGGGAGACUUCGUCUGCUCGCGCCUCUCUCUCUGCUGACCGGGAUCCUGUUCACGUAACUAUUGCAGAAACAAUCUCUGCCAAUCUCACUCGUGAAGGUGCUCUGAAAUCCUUCGAAGUCAAGGGCGACUUACAGCUCCGCAUCUCCGAUCCGUCGUUCACCAAACUCAGACUUGACCUUGCCACCAACCCUACUCAUGGAGCUCAGUUCCGUACACAUCCAAAUGUUGAUAAGGCUGCUUUCACCGACUCAUCUGUCAUUCAACUAAAGGAUUCGACCAAGCGAUUCCCGGUUAAUAACUCAAUUGGCGUACUACGUUGGCGUGUCGCUAGCUCUGAUAAUGCCGAUAUGCUCCCUAUCACCUUCACCGUCUGGGUGAAUAAGGGAUCCGAUUCUACUACAGUUACCGUUGAGUACGAGCUCACUGGGUCGGACGCUCUGCGUGACGUUGUUGUGACUAUUCCAUAUGGCGAAAUGGAACCGUCUGUAUCUAGUUUUGAUGCUGUGUACGAAGUGACCGGAGAUAGCAUCGACUGGAACAUCGGAACAGUGGAUGAAAACAACGCGUCUGGUAGCUUCGAGUUUGAAUCUACCGGCGAUUCUGAUGAGAACGUCUUUUUCCCGAUGAACGUUCGUUUCUCCAAGACGAAUCCUUUCGUUGAGGUUGAUGUUACUGCCGUCUCCCUAUUGGAAAUGGAUGGCGAAGAAACCGGGUUCAGCAAGGACGUGAAGAGCAUUGCAGAUGGUUAUUUGAUCAAGUAAUACCGUUUUGGGUGUAUAGAGUACUAAUGAUGGCUCCUUUGUUCUUAUAU